GGCAGCACCUAUGGGAGGCCUGUAAUCUGCCAGCAACCUAUGACAAAAUGGAAACCAGCAGGAGUGUGAGGAGACCUGAAAGUGGCACAUGGCAGAGUGGGAGCAAUGGGAGGCCGUACAGGGACCCAUGUCACACUGUGGACCCAGCAGCAGCGUGACCAGGCGGUACGGGGGCCCAUGGCAGAUUUGGGGCCUGGCAGCACCUAUGGGAGGCCUGUAAUCUGCCAGCAACCUAUGACAAAAUGGAAACCAGCAGGAGUGUGAGGAGACCUGAAAGUGGCACAUGGCAGAGUGUGCAGCAAUGGGAGGCGGUACAGGGACCCAUGAGACACUGUGGACCUUGCA